AUGGAUACUGGUAACCUGGUCGUCAUCGAUGAAGACGAUGAGGAGCACUUGAUGGGAACUGUGUGGCAGAGUUUUGAAAAUCCAACUGACACAUUUCUUCCAGGUAUGAAAAUGGAUGAAGAUAUGGUACUCAUUUCAUGGCAAAGUUACGAUGACCCGGCAUCUGGAAACUUUAGUUUUCAGCUAGAUCAAGAAGCAAACCAGUUUGUCAUUUGGAAAAGAUCCAUCAGGUACUGGAGAAGUGGAGUUUCAGAUCAUAGUGGAAGCUCCGGCAGUGAAAUGCCUUCUGCAAUAUCUUACUUCCUGUCGAAUUUCACCUCGACUCCAGUCCGCAAUGAUUCUGUCCCGUAUCUCACUUCAUCUUUGUACACAAAUACAAGAAUGGUGAUGAGUUUUGCUGGCCAAAUUCAGUACCACCAGUUGGAUACUGAGAAGAUUUGGUCCCUGAUUUGGGCUCAGCCUAGGACUAGAUGCGGUCUCUAUAAUGCUUGCGGCAAUUUUGGUAGCUGCAAUAGUAAUAAUGAAGAGGUAUGCAAAUGUUUGCCUGGUUUUCAGCCCGUCUCACCAGAGUACUGGAAUUCUGGAGAUAAUUCAAGAGGAUGCACCAGAAGAUCGCCAUUAUGUAGCAACAAUGCUGUUAAAGACACAUUCUUGAAUUUAAAAAUGAUGAGAGUAACAAAUCCGGAUGCACAAUUCAAGGCUAAAAAUGAGAUUGAAUGUAAAAUGGAGUGCCUCAACAACUGCCAAUGUGAGGCUUUCUUAUACGAAGAAGCUCAAACCACUAAAGGAGGUGAAUCUGAAAGUGCCACCUGCUGGAUUUGGACCGAUGAUCUCAGGGACAUUCAAGAGGAGUAUGAUAGCGGCCGCGAUCUCAAUGUACGCAUAUCAGUUUCUGAUACAGAUUCAACAACAAGAACUUGUGGGACUUGUGGAACUAACCUGAUUCCCUAUCCCCUUAGCACUGGACCAAAAUGUGGCGAUCCGACGUACCUUAAUUUCUACUGCAACAUCUCAUCAGGCCAACUUAGCUUUACGGCACGAGGCGACGCCUACAGAGUCACAAAAAUCAAUCCAGCAAUACACACAUUUGUCAUUGAAACUGAAAGUGCAGAUAGUUGCAAGGCCAUAAAAUCAAAUGACAAUCUUUUACAUCUCAGUCAAUCAUCUCCAUUUCAUGUGAUUAGAUGGUGCAAUGCUGAUCUGGGCAACUUUAGCACCACUGUGUCUUUCAAGGCUGGAGAUGAAGUAGAGAUAGGUUGGGAUCCGCCACCUGAGCCAACUUGCUUUUCUUCUUCAGAUUGCAAAGAUUGGCCAAAUUCUGCUUGCAGUGUAACAGUAGAUGGAAAGAAAAGGUGCCUUUGUAAUGCACACUCUAGAUGGGAUGGUUUGAAGUUGAAUUGUACUGAAGCAGGUCAUUACAGUAAGCAAACAGAUAGUUCUUCAAUAGGAAAGAUUCCAUUGUCUCUGAUCAUUGCAGUAGCUUUGAUUAGUCUCAUUGCUUUAGCUAUUCUCUCAAGCACCAUUAUUUGCAUAUAUUUGCAGAGGAGAAGGAUGCCAAGACUGCAAG